AUGGGUCUAACACCAUUAUCCACAUCCUGCUUUGAAUCGGGCACAUCAUACUUGACUCAAUCAAAUGGAUUUCCCGUAAAAGCAGUUGCGGCUACCCCGAUAUUGCGUCCGUCCCAAAAUAAUUGGGG